AUGUGCUAUACACCACAGAAAAUGAUUUUUCUUAUGUUCUUCCUUUUCCAUUACACAUCUGCAGAUUUAACAUACGAUGUGUGCAAGCAGACAAGGGACUAUAAUUUGUGUAUCGAAACUCUUAAGACAGACGUUUACAGCUCUGGCGCCGAUGCCAAAGGUCUAGCACGUAUCAUGAUUCAAGUUGCACGAAAAAAGGCAGUUCACAAUCUUGUCUAUGUAAGAAAAUUGAUGAUUCAAAAUCCUCAAAAUCCAGAUUUCAAGCAAUGCCUUCAAGUUUGCUAUGAUGACUAUCAUCUGAUAGUUACUGCUUUCAUCCCAAAUGCACUUAAAAGCUUGUCCUUGAACUCGUCCUUCGAUGCAGCUAUAUCCGGCUUGCAAUCUGCUGACCAAGUCUCGAAUUGUCAAGAAACUAAUUGUGUGAAAUUGUCCUCGAAUUUGAACGACAAGUGUAACAAGUAUGCUGAUUUCACUCAACUCGUUGUAGAUGUAAUAAGAACUGUCUAA